AUGCAGGAUGAAGCUCUAGAUCUGCUAACUUACAGAGAGGAGAUGAUCUGGCUUGUAGCUGCGUUUGCUGUGUGCAUCCUCGCACCCACCGUCCACUGUGAAUCAGCCUCAGUCGCCUGGUGUUAUGAUGAGCCAAGCUGCAAUGCCACUACCUGGCCAUUCAUUGCUGCUAAACAUUGCAAUGGCACCCGACAGUCACCGAUUAACAUCGUCUCAGCAUCUGCCGCACCCAACUCCAACCUGACUGCAUUCACCUUUCAUAACUACAGCAGCACCUCUGCUCUGAAAAAGAUCGAAAAUACUGGCGAGACAGUCAAAGUCAUUUUUGGAAGCGGUGUUGGCAUUUCAGGAGGAGAUCUGCCCGAGGCCUACGACAGCCUGCAGUUUCACUUGCACUGGGGUAAUGGCACCUCUUCCCCGGGCUCCGAGCACACUGUAGAUGGCAAACGCUAUCCGAUGGAGUUACACAUUGUAAACAUCAAGUCAUCCUAUAAAGGAAACACAACUCAAGCUGUUGAAGACUCCACAGGACUUGCUGCUCUUGGUUUCUUCAUUGAGGAAAUGUCAGGUGAAGCUACUGGCCAACCUGCAAGCUGGCACACCUUGACCUCCUACCUGGCUAACAUCACUCACCGUGGUGAGAAUGUUUUAAUGGCACCUGGACUUUCAUUGGAUGACCUCCUCGUUGGGGUGGAUCGCACCCGUUAUUACCGCUACCAUGGCUCCUUGACCACCCCCGGUUGCCACGAGGCUGUGGUUUGGACUGUGUUCAAGGAUUCAAUCAAAGUCAGCAAAGAUUUGAUUAACCUCUUCAGCACAACAGUGCGCAUCUCCAACAGUACAUCACCUUUUAUGGUCAAUAUCUAUAGAAAUAUCCAGGCUCCACUACAGGUCACAACACAGCGUGCCAGCAACAGCUCUGGCUCUACAACCUGCUACUCUCUGGGUUUGAUAACACUGAGCCUUGCCCUGGGGAGGAGUCUCAAGUGUCUCUUCAACCCUUAUCUGAGCCUCUUUGUCCCCACUGCUUUUCAACACAAAGUGACGCCCUUGGGUCAUGGCCAGCUCAGAUGCCAGAUGAUCUGGCUUGCAGCUGCGCUCGCUGUGUGCGUCCUCCCACCCAGCUGUGAAUCAGCCACAGUCGCCUGGUGUUUUCAUCAUCCAAGCUGCGAUGAGGAUACCUGGCCAGUCAUUGAAAGGAAUUGCAAUGGCACCCGACAGUCACCGAUUAACAUCGUCACAGCAUCUGCCGCACCCAACUCCAACCUGACUGCAUUCACCUUUCAUAACUACAACAGCACCUCUGCUCUGAAAAAGAUCGAAAAUACUGGCACGACAGUGAAAGUCACUCUUGGAGCCGGUGUUGGCAUUUCAGGAGGAGAUCUGCCCGAGGCUUAUGACAGCCUGCAAUUCCACUUGCAUUGGGGUAAUGGCACCUCUUCUCCGGGCUCUGAGCACACUGUGAAUGGCAAACGCUAUCCGAUGGAGUUACACAUUGUAAACAGCAAGUCAUCCCAUCAGGGGGACACAACUCAAGCUGUUGAAGACUCCACAGGACUUGCUGCUCUUGGUUUCUUCAUUGAGGAAAUGUCAGGUGAUGCUACUGGCCAACCUCCAAGCUGGCACACCUUGACCUCCUACCUGGCUAACAUCACACACAGUGGUGAGAAUGUUUUAAUGGCAACUGGACUUUCCUUGGAUGAUCUCCUCGUUGGGGUGGAUCGCACCCGUUAUUACCGCUACCAUGGCUCCUUGACCACCCCCGGUUGCCAUGAGGCUGUGGUUUGGACUGUGUUCAAGGAUUCAAUCAAAGUCAGCAAAGAUUUGAUUAACCUCUUCAGCACAACAGUGCGCUUCUCCAACAGUACAUCACCUUUUAUGGUCAAUGUCUACAGAAACAUCCAGGCUCCACUACCGGUCACAACACAGCGUGCCAGCAGCAGCAGCAGCAGCAGCAACAGCAGCAGCAGCUCUGGCUCUACAACCUGCUACUCGCUGGGGCUGAUAACACUGAGCCUUGCCCUGGGGAGGGGUUAG